AUGGGGAGAAGCCGUGAAAAGGAAAAGGAGAACUUCAACAAGAGGGUGGAGGAUGCGAGGAGAGACCUUGAUAGUGGGCGCAUUAAGACAAUUAGGGAGGCAGCGGACGUGCAUGGAAUAGCCUACACUACCCUUCAAAACAGAUUAGCUGGUUCUAGAACGCGUCAAGAUGCUCAUACGGACCAGCAAAACCUUACUCCUAUCGAGGAAACAGCUAUCAAAAAAUGGAUCCUGAAAUUAGAUGAUUGGGGUUUUCCGCCCCGACACCAAUAUGUGAAGGAUAUGGCUUUAGAUUUCCUCAGAAGUCAUGGAAUUCGAAAACCCAAGCUAGGCAAGAACUGGUUAACACGGUUUCUCGCUCGUCAUCCUGAUUUAGCUUCUAAAUUUUCAACCCGUCUGGACAAACAACGCUCGUAUGCCAGUAAUCCCGCGGUUUUGAAAGAUUUUUUUACACAGCUUCGGCGCGUAGUUGUGACACAUAAUAUACUUCCUGACGAUACCUACAAUAUGGACGAAAAAGGGUUUUUAAUGGGGAGGUCUGCUCGCGUAAAAGUGAUCUGUAGGAGGGGCAAAAAAAGAAACUUCAAAACUCAGGAUGGAGCUCGGGAGCUAAUCACAGUUAUCGAAACUGUUUCAGCUGGGGGUUUCGCACUUCCGCUAUUUAUAAUAUAUAAAGGAGAAGCACAGUAUCAAGGCUGGCACGGUUUGGUAAACGCAGACGAAAAGGCAUAUUUUAGUUAUUCAAAGAAAGGGUGGACCAAUAAUAUUAUUGGUUUAGAGUAUUUGACACAAAACUUUGGUCCUAACUCAGCUCAACGAGCGAAUGGUCGUACGCGGUUAUUGAUACUUGAUGGACAUGUUUCGCACUGCACUUGGGAAUUCUUUUCCUAUUGUCUUGACAACGAUAUUAUACCCCUCUGUCUUCCCGCACACUCCACACACAUACUACAGCCUUUAGAUGUUGGACUAUUUGGUCCUCUACAACGUCAUUAUACAAAUGCUUUAGACGACUGGACACAAAACGGAAAUACUGGAAUUCAUAAGGGGACAUUCUUCCCAUUAUUGAUGCAGGCCCGUACCUUUACACAUACACCCAAAAACAUCCUCAACGCGUUCAAAGCUACUGGAAUAUAUCCCCUCAAUCCCCGCCAGGUACUUGAACCGUGCAUUGAAAAGGUCAAGGCCCUAAACACCAAGAAAGAGCAAGCAUUGGGUCCCCGUACACCCCGCCAUGGAAAAGGCAUUUCAAUUCACACCAAGCGCACCAUUGCUUUAGUAGGCAAUGCAACACCUAGUAGAAAGCUGGCGCAAAUUAUGGUUGAGAAACUGGGCCUUGCCGCUGAAGAAUCAUCAGCAGAGGUAGUUGUCCUACGGCAGGAGUUAGCAUAUUUGAGGAAGAAAGAAAAAGCAAAUUCCGACUCCUCAAGGGUACAAAGUAGAGCUGUUCUCUCCAAAGCCCUCGUAGUUACUACAGAUGAGAUUGUACGUCUGCGCAAUCAAUGGGAGGAAAAGCAAAAGCUCACCGCUGCGAGAGCUAUAGCAAAAGAGUUGAAGGCAGCGGAGCGGACAUCAAAGAGCGCCGAGACAGACUGCGCCGAGCCCGCAAAUCUCGGCAGGAAACUCACCAAGGUUAGAGGCCGUCCAAAGAGACAGCUUCCAAUUGAGGAACUGGCUGAACCUGUGACUCAAGACCCUGAAGGCUCAGAGUGCGAGUGGGAAGAGCUGGAAGCGGAUAGGUGCACCCCUACAAAUAUCACAACCCAAAGUGGUAAGAAAAAUGCCCGGAAAAUGAAAAUAUAUGUUGUAAAUAAUAGUAGUAAUAGUCCAAAGCCGGGGGAUUCUGUUAGGAGACUUAGAUCUAGAAAAUAA